GCCAUUGUCCAUAAACGAACGAACAACCGUGUGAGUGCGGAAGGAGGAGGGACGCGACCUGGCAGCGAGGGAGGAGGGAGGGAGGAGGGUUUGACAAAUUGACACCACCGGCGGCAGCGACCAUGGCUCAGCAUUGUGCGCUGGUUUUCCUCUUUUCCCUCGUGUUCGUUCUCGGAGUGGACGCUGUCAAUGGCGGGAGAGGGGUUGAUUCCAACACUCAGCAGCCUGCAUCUGUGAAUUACUCCGAGUUAUUCACGCUUCUUGCGCAGGAGAGCCACAAGGAGGAGGAUUCGAACGCUCGUCUCCUUGGAACGCCAACAAUUCACCCUUCCAGGAGCUUUGACCCUGAGGAGGACCUCAAAACCAUUGACGAGGCUCUUACCGAGUUACCUGGCGAUGGUGUUGGCAAGCUGAUUAAACUUGCGACGCAGCGAAGCUUCAAUCAGCGCGCGAUUGUGUUCAAUCUUUACUAUGCCAAGACGUCGAAGGUGUUGACAGAGGCGCUGGCAUCGGCGCUGGGCUCGAGCUCGGAGAUUUUCCGCGGUCUGGAAGCGCUGCUUGCGCCCGCGGCAUGGCGGGACGCCGGGUACCUGCACGAAGCAAUGGCAGGGGCGGGGACCGACGACGCGGAGCUGAAUGAGAUCAUCACCACGCGGUCGUACACACAGCUGCAGUACAUCGCCAAGGUGUACGAGCAGAGGUUCGGCUCCACGCUAACGGACGAUAUUGCCGGUGAUUCCUGGGGUAUUGUUGAAACGCUUCUUAUCAAGAUUGUGACGACUCCUCGGACGAACGAGUUUGCCACACCUGAUCGUGUUGAUGAACUCGCUCAGGAGCUGUAUGAUGCUGGUGCUGGGAGAUGGGGUCGUGAUGACGAGAAGUUCAUCGAGAUCUUCUCCUCGGAGAGCUACACGACUCUGAGAGCUGUGUUCCACGCGUAUACGGCCAAAUUCCAAACCACAGUGUUGGACGCAGUGUCAAGCGAGUUCUCAAGGAAAGCCAAGGACCUGUAUACGACCUUGGUGAGGGUGAUCUUGUCGGAGCCUCAGUAUUUUGCAGACCUCAUAUAUACUGAUAUCGCUGGCGUUGGCACCAACGAACCCGGUCUUGCCCGCCAUAUUCUCGCUCGUGCUGAUGUCGACCUCGUGGAAAUCAAGAAAGCUUUUCUGUCCAAGAACAAGCAGUCUGUUUCCGAAGCUGUGCAAGGUGAUGUCAGCGGGGAUUACUUGACGCUUCUUCUCGCUGCAAUCGAGGCGGACAGUGGAACCCGUGCAGAGACACUCGAACACGAGAACAGUUCUCGACCUGUGCAGCUGGCGUGAUUGAUAUAUUUGAGUCAUAAUUUGAUUGAGUGAUCAAUGGAUGCAUAGAUUGACUGCAGUAACUGUCAAAAUGGAUUAGUUCCUGUCUAUUUAUAACUGCGCACGGAUUGAUCAGUCAGGCGAUUGAUUAGAGUCGCAAAGAAGAGUCUUGCUAUAUAAUUUUUGCCAAGUGCGUGGCAGUGAAAUGCAGUAUGAUAGAAGAGUUUUGCUACAUAAUGGUAGCCAAGUGUUCUCUCUCUCUCUCUCUCUCUCUCUCUCUCUCUCUCUCUCUCUCUCUCUCUCUCUCUCUUCUUGCAUGUGAGUGAUGACGUAGGGGCCAAGUCUUGUCUCUCUUCUUGCAUGUGGUGGGUGAUGAUGAAGGGGCCAAGUCUGUCUCUCUUAUUGCAUGUCAGUGAUGACGUAGGGGUCACCAAAAAAGUUGCUGGAUUUUGGUUUUGCCUUUGUUGUAGCCAGCACAGGUAAACUGGAUAUUAUUCGACUUGGCCUACGAGAGCAUAGUUUUG